AAAAUUUUUUAUGCAAUUAUAUACGUUACAUAUUUACAAAAAUAACUUUUAUAUUCCUCUUGUUUAUUGUUUUUUACGUAACAAACAAACUUCGAGUUAUUCGAUGUUAUGGGAUAUGUUAGAAAAAUUGUGUGUACAACUGACCAACAAACCACUUCAAAUAAAUGUUUUUCAUGUUGACUUUGAAAAAGCCGCUCAUAAUGCUGUAUUAGAAAAGUUUCCGAAUUGUGUAAUAGUUUGUUGUAAUUUCCAUCUUGGUCAAAGUUGGUAUCGACGUAUACAACAAAAUAAACUGCUUUUAAAAGAAUAUUUAAAUAAAUCAUCAGAAAUUGGCUCAUGGUUAAAAUGUUUUUUCGGAUUAAGUUAUUUACCACCUAAUGAAAUCUCUGACGGCUUUACUGAUUUACUAUCAUUUGCACCUACGAAUAUGUUUACCGAGUUUACAGACUAUAUUUUGGAAAAUUAUAUUUUGCCUGACUCUGAUUUUCCUCCAGUUAUGUGGGCAAGUGCACCAAGUAAUAAUCCAAAGACAACAAACGGUGUAGAAAGUUUUCAUCGUCAUUACAAUAGCCAAUUUUACUCACCACAUCCAAACAUGUACCUAGUUAUCGACACAAUAUUACAAAUUCAAACAGAAUCAGAAUUAAAAUUAAAUUCAAUAAAGAAAAAUAUUAUUAAUACAAUUAUGUAA